GGAAGCGGCCCCGCUCUAGGGCGAGCGGAAGCGAUGGAGCCGGCGAAGAUGGCGUCUCCCAAGAGCGCUCCCAAAGACGCGCAGGUGAUGGCGCAGAUCCUGAAGGACAUGGGCAUCACGGAGUACGAGCCGCGCGUCAUCAACCAGAUGCUGGAGUUCGCCUACAGGUACGUGACUACUAUACUGGAAGAUGCAAAAAUUUACUCGAGCCACGCAAAGAAAUCCAGCGUGGAUGCAGAUGACGUGAGGCUGGCGAUCCAGUGUCGAACAGACCAGUCGUUUACCUCUCCGCCUCCGAGAGAUUUCUUGUUAGAUAUCGCAAGGCAGAAAAAUCAGACGCCGCUGCCGUUGAUAAAGCCUUAUUCCGGACCCAGGCUUCCGCCUGACAGAUACUGCUUGACAGCUCCCAACUACAGACUGAAGUCCUUACAGAAGAAGGUCUCUUCCUCUGCAGGGAGAAUAACAGUCCCUCGCCUGAGUGUUGGUGCUGUGAGCAGCAGGCCCAGCACUCCUACUUUAGGUACACCUUCAGCACAAACAGUGUCUGUCUCAGCAAAAGUUGGCACUCCAGUGUCGCUGACCGGUCAGAGGUUCACCGUACAGAUCCCAUCUUCUCAGGCAGCAGUCAAGUCAGCCACACCAACUACUCCGACAGUUCAGAAUGUUCUCAUUAAUCCUUCCUUAAUUGGACCAAAGAACAUUCUUAUUACUACAAAUAUGGUAUCGUCACAGAAUACUUCUAAUGAAUCAAAUCCCUUGAAAAGGAAGCAUGAAGACGAUGACGACUAUGAUAAUUUGUGAAGAGACUGUCUGAUCCCCUUCCCUUCUUCAGCGAUUCAUAUUGAGGCUGAUGGGUUUUGCCAAGAGUUCUUUGUAAACUGCGUGAGAGCGUGUAAAUACUCUGUUAAUAUGCAUUGGGUGUGGAGUGAGAGAGAGAUCACUGCCAGUGGAAAGACGAAAAAGCAACUCAUCUUUUUCUGUGGCCCGUACUGUCUUUUGAACCUCAGCAGCGCUGGUGAGCACUGGUCACUGUUACACGGGAGGAACAGUCUUUGUGCCUCUUCUGUCACCUUAUUUCUAACAAACAGAUGUAUCCGUGUCUUAUUUCAGAUAACAUCAGAGUCCUGGGUGAGGUGGGACAUAGCUGGGGAACAUCAGCCUUCUCCCCGAACCCCCCCAAAUACAUUUGCUGCUUCUAGGUUGUGUUAGUUGCACACACUGUUCUCCAUGUGCAGUUCCAGUGGGUGUGAAAGGUUUCUCUUAACAGUAGAAAUGCAGACAAAAGGUAGAGGAGGGGAUUUCUGGAGAACACUUAAAUUACUUUUAGGUAGGCUGACCUGUGGUAUCUAUUAACCCAUGGUUUCUGUUGACCUUAACACCUACACCAGUACCCACAACUGGAGCUUAAAGUUAGAGAAGAGGUAAAAACCCGGCCGAGAUUUGCUCUUUAUUUAUUUCCAAAGAAAGAGCUGCACCUCUGUCGCUUGUCACUUUAUUAAGCUUGUGUUUCUAUGUUUAUUGAAU